GCGGCUGGUCGGCCCGCGGCGGCGCAGAGCGGAGCCGGCGUACGGGGGGGGCCCCGGCAGGGCGGGGGCCGGAGCCAGCCCGGGCCGGGGCCGGAAUGCCCCUGUUCUCCGCGCUGUUGGCCUUGCUUUUGGUUGCCCUCAGCGCCCUCUUAGGCCGGUGGUUUGUGGUCCGGUUGGCCACCAAGUGGUGUCAGCGGAAGCUGCAGGCAGAGCUAAAGAUUGGGUCCUUUUUUUGGAUCCAGAAUGUCAGCCUUAAGUUUCAGCAGCACCAGCAAACAGUGGAAAUUGAUAGCCUCUGGAUUUCCAGCAAACUCCUUAGCCAUGAUCUGCCACGCUAUGUGGCAUUGUGCUUUGGAGAAGUGCGUAUCAGAACGGACCUACAGAAGGUUUCUGGCCUGUUUGCCCCAUUCUCCCAGAGCACUGGGGUGCAUCAAAAGGAACUGUCGUUCAGUCCUUCCUUACUGAAGAUCUUCUGUCAGCUCUUCUCCAUUCAUGUAGAUUCUAUAAACAUCAUGGUUCUCAAGGUGGCUACUUCUGAGUCUUUGUGGCACAUUCAGAUCAGAGAAAGCAGCUUUCUUUUGGAUAGUGAUGGGAAAAGGCUGAAAUGUGAGGUGAGCCUAAAUCAGAUCAACAGCAAAGUUCUAAAGAGUGGCCAGUUGGAGGAUACCUGCCUUGCGGAGCUCUCACUGGCCCUAAAGUUGUAUGUAGAGGUGGGCAUCAGCAGUCGGCAACUGAAGGCGAUCUCUGUGGAUAUGUGGACACUCCAUGCGGAACUGCACGAGGGCCUUUUCCAUAGUCAGCUGCUACGCCCGGGCCCAAGCCUGGCACCCAAACCUGUUCCUUGUCCAGAGGUGACAGAGAACUUGGCUGAGCCAACUCUGCCUGGCCUGUACCUCCUUCAGCAGCUGCCAGAUCAGGUCAAGGUGAAAAUGGAGAUCACAAGUGUGGUGCUGUCCAUGAAUAGUCAAAAGAGGCACCUGAAUUGGACGCUGAAGCUGCUACAUUUCCUGUACCACCGUGAUGAGGAUCAGCUGCCUCUUCGAAGCUUCACAGCAAACUCUGAUAUGGCACAGAUGAGCACUGAAGUCCUACUGAAAGAUGGGUUGUUGCUGUCCCAGAGCCGCCAGCGCAUUGUCUGUCUCAACUCCCUCAAGGCUAGUGUGCAGGUGACCACCAUUGACUUCUCGGCCUCCGUGGUCUUGAACACGUGUAUCGUUCAUUACCGGCACCAGGAAUUCGCUCAGUGGCUGCACCUCCUAGCGCUGGAGAUCCAAGAGUCUAGUUCAUCUGGUUUUAAGCAAAAAAAGAAAAGAACCUUCCCCCAAAUCCUGGCUCCUAUCAUCUUUAGCACCUCCAUCUCCAAUGUCAACGUUUCCAUUCAGCUUGGUGAUACACCACCCUUUGCCUUGGGAUUCAAUUCCAUCUCUCUAGAUUACCAGCACUUGAGGCCACAAAGUAUCCAUCAGCGGGGUGUCCUAACUGUGGACCAUCUCUGCUGGCGGGUGGGCAGUGACUCCCACAUUCAGCGGGCACCCCACCCACCCAAUAUGCAUGUUUGGGGUGAGGCACUUGUCCUGGACUCCUUAACGCUACAGGGUAGCUAUAACCAGCCUUUGGGCCUGUCUAGCACCCAGUCGGAUACCCUCUUUCUUGAUUGUACCAUCCGUGGACUGCAGGUAGAAGCAUCAGAUACCUGUGCCCAAUGUCUCUCUCGCAUUUUAUCCUUGAUGGACACACAAUCUGGGAAGUCAGCUUUCACUAGAGAAUCUUCAUUUGGGGAAUCUGUGUCAUUACUGUGGAAGGUGGACUUGAAGGUGGAGGACAUGAACUUGUUCACGCUUUCUGCCCUGGUUGGUGCUUCCGAGGUCCGACUGGACACGCUGACUGUCCUGGGAAGUGCUGAAACCUCCACUGUGGGUGUCCAGGGACUUGUGCUUGCCCUGGUGAAGUCAGUCACAGAGAAGAUGCAGCCCUGCUGCAAGGCUCCUGACAUCCCCACUCCCGUGCUCAGCCUCUCCAUGCUCUCCAUCACCUAUCACAGCAGCAUCCGCUCUCUGGAGGUUCAGUGUGGUACAGGGCUCACCUUACUUUGGAGCCCCCCAGAUCACAUGUCCCUAUACCAGCACAUCCUGGCUACCCUGCAUUGCCGAGACCUACUAAGAGCCACUCUGUUUCCCGAGUCUGCUCCACUCCUUGCACUAGAGCCUCCAGUGACUGUGUCUGAACCCGAAGGCCUUCUCCCUGAGCCAUCUCCGCCAAAGCGGCUACUAAACCUGACGCUAGAGGUGAGCACAGCCAAGCUGACAGCUUUUGUAGCUGAGGACAAGUUCAUUACCCUGACUGCGGAGAGCGUGUCGCUGAGCCGGCAUGGGGGUUCACUGCAGGCCUACUGCCCAGAGCUGGCUGCUGGCUUUGAUGGCAAUAGCAUCUUCCACUUCAAGGAGAUGGAGGUACAGCUGCUGCCUGAACUGGAGGAGAUGAUCCUGCACCGGAACCCUUUCCCUGGGCUGCAGACCCUCCGGAACCGUGUUUGGCUCCUGUCCCUGGGCUCAGUCUCAGUGGAGUUUCCUUAUCAGUAUGAUUUCUCUCGAACUCUGGAUGAGGCUGUGGGAGUUCAGAAAUGGCUGAAGGGGCUGCAUCGAGGAACUCAUGCUCAGGCUUCUCCAAGCCCUGCCCCACUCCCACCUGAUCUACUCUUGAAGGUUCAGCACUUCUCAUGGGUUUUCCUGGAUGACGUCUUUGAGGUGAAACUUCGUGAUAACUAUGAACUGAUGAAGGAUGAAAGUAAGGAGAGUGCCAAAAGGCUGCAGCUGCUGGAUGCCAAGGUGGCUGCCCUUCGGAAGCAACACGGGGAGUUAUUGCCAGCCCGUAAAAUUGAGGAGCUCUAUGCCUCUUUGGAACAUAAAAACAUUGAAAUCUACAUUCAGCGCUCCCGUCGUCUCUAUGGCAACACACCUAUGCGCCGGGCACUGCUCACUUGGAGCCUGGCAGGACUAGAGCUGGUAGCUCUGGCAGAUGCCUCCUUCCAUGGGCCUGAGCGUGUAGUAGAGCAAGUUCAAGAGCUUGAUCCAGGCAGCCCUUUUCCUGCCGAGGGAGUAGAUCUUGUCAUUCAGUGGUGUCGUAUGCUCAAGUGCAGUGUUAAGACAUUUUUGGUCCGGAUACGAGAUUAUCCCCGGUACCUGUUCGAGAUACGUGACUGGCGGCUGAUGGGUCGACUUGUGGGCACUGAGCAGAGUGGUCAGCCUUGCUCCCGGAGGCGUCAGAUCUUGCACUUGGGGCUUCCAUGGGGUAAUGUGGCAGUAGAGAGGAACAUGCCCCCACUCAAGUUCUACCACGACUUCCGCUCGGAAAUCUUUCAGUACACAGUGGUAUGGGGCCCUUGCUGGGAUCCAGCCUGGACACUGAUUAGCCAGUCUCUGGACCUCUUGACCAAGCCCUCAGCUGACCCCAGCCCCCCCUUGCCCUGGUGGGACAAGAGCCGUCUUCUGUUCCAUGGCGACUGGUACAUGGACAUUGAACAGGCAAAUCUGCACCAGCUGGCUACUGAGGACCCGUACAACACGACAGAAAAUAUGCACUGGGAGUGGAGCCACCUGUCUUUUCACUGGAAACCUGGUCAGUUUGUGUUCAAAGGUGACUUGGAUGUCAACGUGAGAACAGCUUCUAAGUAUGAUGAUUGCUGCUUCCUUCACCUGCCUGACCUCUGCAUGACACUGGACCUGCAGUGGCUAUGCCAUGGGAACCCCCAUGAUCACCACAGUGUCACUCUGCGGGCCCCAGAGUUUCUGCCUGAGGUGCCCUUGGGCCAACUCCAUGACUCCUACCGGGCAUUCCGCUCUGAGAACCUCAAUCUCUCCAUCAAGAUGGAUCUGACCCGGCACAGUGGGACAAUAUCCCAGCCCCGGAUUCUGUUAUAUAGUAGUACUCUGCGCUGGAUGCAAAACUUCUGGGCAACUUGGACUAGUGUCACAAGGCCUAUCUGUAGGGGAAAGCUCUUCAAUAACCUGAAACCUAGCAAGAAGAAACUUGGCCAGCACUACAAGCAGCUUUCCUAUACUGCAAUUUUUCCCCAGCUGCAGGUGCAUUACUGGGCCUCAUUCGCCCAGCAACGGGGCGUCCAGAUUGAGUGCAGUCAGGGCCAUGUCUUUACUAGGGGAACUCAGCGGCUUAUACCUCAAGCGGGCACAGUGAUGCGGCGCCUCAUCUCUGACUGGAGUGUGACCCAGAUGGUUAGUGACCUAAGUCAGGUGACUGUUCACCUGAUGGCUUCGCCCACCGAAGAGAAUGCUGAUCACUGCCUUGAUCCCUUGGUAACAAAGACCCACCUACUGAGCCUGUCCUCCCUCACCUACCAGCGGCAUAGCAAUCGCACGGCUGAGGAGGAGCUCUCUACUCGAGUUGGGGAUCCCGCCUUUCAUACACACCAGCUGCACUUGGUAGAUUUACGGGCUUCCUGGACAACCACCAAUCGGGACAUUGCCUUUGGUUUAUAUGAUGGCUAUAAAAAGGCAGCAGUACUCAAACGUAAUCUCUCUACUGAGGCCCUGAAGGGGUUAAAGAUUGAACCCCAGAUGCCAGCUAAAAAGCCAAAGCAGAGUGUUCUGACCAGUGUCCCAGCCCCACCUCCCGUCAACACUCCCAGCUUUAGUGGACAGCCUGAUAAGGGGUCAUCAGGAGGUGCCUACAUGUUGCAGAAGCUGAUUGAAGAGACAGAUAGGUUUGUAGUGUUCACAGAAGAGGAGUCAGGUGUGAGUGACCAGUUGUGUGGCAUUGCUGCCUGCCAGACGGAUGACAUAUAUAACCGAAACUGCCUUAUUGAGCUGGUUAACUGCCAGAUGGUUCUUCGUGGAGCAGAGACAGAAGGCUGUGUCAUUGUGUCAGCUGCCAAAGCUCAGCUGCUGCAGUGCCAACAUCAUCCAGCUUGGUAUGGUGACACGUUGAAGCAGAAGACAUCCUGGACUUGCCUACUGGAUGGCAUGCAGUACUUUGCCACCACUGAAAGCAGCCCCACUGAGCAGGAUGGCCGACAGCUCUGGUUAGAGGUAAAGAAUAUCGAGGAGCACCGGCAGCGUAGUCUGGAUUCUGUGCAGGAGCUGAUGGAGAGCGGGCAGGCAGUGGGAGGCAUGGUUACCACCACCACAGAUUGGAACCAGCCAGCUGAGGCGCAACAAGCCCAGCAAGUCCAGCGGAUCAUUUCACGCUGUAGCUGCCGAAUGUACUAUAUUAGUUACAGCCAUGACAUUGAUCCUGAGCUGGCAACUCAGAUUAAACCACCUGAGGUCCAUGAGAACCAGGAAAAGGAAGAUCUCCUAAAGAAACAGGAAGGGGCUGUGGAUACCUUUACCCUUAUUCAUCAUGAGCUGGAAAUCUCCACCAACCCGGCUCAGUAUGCCAUGAUCCUGGACAUUGUCAACAACCUGCUGCUCCAUGUAGAACCUAAGCGGAAGGAGCACAGUGAGAAGAAGCAGCGGGUGAGGUUCCAGCUUGAGAUUUCUAGCAAUCCUGAGGAACAGCGCAGCAGCAUAUUACAUUUGCAGGAGGCUGUGCGGCAGCAUGUGGCUCAGAUACGGCAGCUGGAAAAGCAGAUAUAUUCUAUUAUGAAGUCUUUGCAGGAUGACAGCAAGAACGAGAACCUGCUUGACCUGAACCAAAAGCUUCAGUUGCAGCUAAACCAGGAGAAGGCCAAUCUACAGCUAGAAAGCGAAGAGCUUAAUAUCCUCAUCAGGUGUUUUAAGGACUUCCAGUUGCAACAGGCCAAUAAGAUGGAGUUGCGAAAGCAACAAGAAGAUGUGAGUGUGGUACGUCGCACUGAGUUUUACUUUGCUCAGGCACGAUGGCGCUUGACAGAGGAAGAUGGACAGCUAGGAAUUGCUGAACUGGAGCUGCAGCGGUUCCUCUACAGCAAGGUGAAUAAGUCUGAUGACACAGCAGAACAUCUUCUGGAGUUGGGCUGGUUCACUAUGAACAACCUUCUCCCCAAUGCGGUCUAUAAGGCAAUCCUGCGGCCCCAGAGCUCCUGCCAGUCUGGGCGACAGCUGGCCCUCCGCCUCUUCAGCAAAGUCCGGCCCCCUGUUGGGGGUAUUUCUGUUAAGGAACACUUUGAGGUAAAUGUGGUGCCUCUCACCAUCCAGCUGACACACCAGUUCUUCCAUAGAAUAAUGGGUUUUUUCUUUCCUGGCCGAAGUGUGGAAGAUGAUGAGGUUGGAGAUGAAGAAGAUAAGUCCAAACUGGUGACUACUGGAAUACCAGUGGUGAAGCCUCGGCAGCUGAUUGCAACAGAUGAUGCAGCACCACUGGGCCCUGGAAAGGGUGUGGCACAAGGCUUAAAUCGGAGUUCUGGCGUCAGGAGGUCAUUUCGGAAAGUACCUGAGCACCCUGUGGAUGAUAUUGACAAGAUGAAAGAGCGAGCUGCCAUGAACAACUCCUUCAUCUACAUAAAGAUUCCACAGGUUCCUCUGUGUGUCAGCUACAAGGGUGAGAAGAACAGUGUGGACUGGGGUGACCUUAACCUGGUGCUGCCCUGUCUGGAGUACCACAACAAUACAUGGACAUGGCUAGACUUUGCCAUGGCUGUCAAGAGGGACAGCCGCAAAGCCCUGGUUGCCCAGGUAAUCAAAGAGAAGUUAAGGCUGAAACCUGCAACAGGGUCUGAGGUCCGGGGAAAGCUAGAAACUAAAUCAGACCUCAACAUGCAACAGCAGGAAGAGGAGGAGAAAGCCCGGCUCCUCAUCGGUUUAAGUGUGGGCAACAAGAACCCUGGCAAGAAGUCCAUCUUUGGCAGGCGCAAGUGAUCCAGCAUCCAAGAGUGGCUGCAGUACAGGAUCUGACUCUGGCUCAGGCCCCAGGGACUUGUGGGGUGGGAGGCAUUUCCCUUUACCUAUCAGGAUUUGUUGGGGGUCAGGAGCCCACAGGGUACUGUGGAGAGGGGCACUGCUCUUUUAGCAGCUGGCCUGUUCCUGCAGAAUACAGUGGAUAAUAAUGCUGAGUUCUACCUCGCACUGAUCAGCAGGCCAAGGCCCAGAGAGGCGUCAAGAGAGCAAGACCCAGGGAAUGGGCCCAGGAUCAGGAUCUGGUUCAACUGGGGCUAACUGAAAGGGUGGGAGGGAGAGUUCUGAUCAAGUGUGAUAAAUUUUUAUAGACCUAUAUAUAAAUAUAUACAUAUAUAUUUCUUUUUUUUUUUAAGAUUUUAUUUAUUUGAGAGAGAGAGAAUGAGAGAGAGAGCACACGAGAGGGGGGAGGGUCAGAGGGAGAAGCAGACCCCCUGCUGAGCAAGGAGCCCGACAUGGGGCUCGAUCCCGGGACUCCAGGAUCAUGACCUGAGCCGAAGGCAGUCGCUUAACCAACUGAGCCACCCAGGCACCCUAUACAUAUAUAUUUCUAAGUGUAACUGCUCUCCCUCUGUGCUAGAAAGUUGAGGGGAGGAGCCGAUCUCCUAUUCCUCAUUCCACUGCCUUGUAUGAGAGGUAUAUUAGGGUUCUGGGGGGGGAAUCAGCCCCUUCUCAAUCUGUGCCAAGUUCACUUGGGAAGAUGGCAAUAGAUGCCAGGGCUGGCCAUGGGUCCCCUUGGGGUAUGCCCUGAAGAAUGGUAAGAAAACGACUUAAAGAGGAAAAAAUACAUAUUUUAAAUUUGAUUUUUUUUUUUUUGGUGUGUUAAGUGCAUGGGUUUCAACCUGUCCCUACCUCCCUAUCAACCCAAGACAUAUCCUCUAGCUACCACUCUAAUGAGUAUGGCCUUUUCCCUCCUCUGUGAAACUAUAUCACAGAUACUUCCCAGCUCUGGUUUGACACUGGCCUCCUAAUAGGUCUCUGCACAUUUUAGUGCUGGCUAUGAGCCUAUUCAUAACUGGGGUGGGGGGAUAGGAUUUGGGGAUAAGGGUGGGGUUUGGCUGCAUCAACUUGUAUCUCUAGUCAUGAACGGCAAGAAGAGGCGGGGCUCAUGUGUAAUGUAGCAUCAGGGGCAGGAGUUGCUUAUGUAACUGGGACAGCAGAUUUAGCAGGAGGAGAGGAGGCAGAGGCUUUGGAUGGGAACAGUAAGCUGUCGGCAGGGGCAACAUGGCCCAGUGGCUGCUUCUCAUAAGGUAGGCUGUGGGGCUCUGGCCGCCUGUUUAGGGGAGGUUAAGGGGGCAUGGUCUUAAGGCCUGGGAACUGACUGGUGAGGAGAAUGUUAGUGAUGCCCACUGUGGAGGUGGAACAGGAGGCUAUGCUGUGAAAAUAUCCCAACCCCAUACCAAGAGGCACAGGCUGAAUCUCCGAUGCCUCAAAGGGAAAAUGUCCAAAUACUGCUUUCCUAGAGGAUCUGAAUCAUAUCCAGGAAAUCUAGGCCUUGGCCCAAAGCAAGGGUAAUGGCAAUUUUGCCUGGUGCUCAAAAAUGUAUCCCUAAGGUUGCGACUUGAGGGUAUGCUUUCUGAGAUGGGCAGAACUUGUAAUGCCUCAAGGGCAGAGGUUUAGAGUGGCUCCCUUGGUUCUCAGCAGGGUGGCAACAUCCGGGGUCCCUGGGUCCGAGGCUGGAAGAGCCUCUGGUCAGGUGUGGGGACUACCAGGUCAGGUGUGGAAGAGCUGUGGGGACUACGGGGGCAUCAGUGCCUACACCAGGAGCCCCUGGAGCCGGCCCUGUUGCUAACAGAGAAGCCUCUGUCUGAGUGGCCAGUGCCUCAGUUCGUCAACCUUUUUCUGCCGGAGUUUCCCAUUAGGCCCCUUAAGGGGCAUCACCAGCUGAAGGUAAGUCAGUCCCUGGAAGGGGUCUCAGUCUUGGGGAGACAUCUAGAAAUGGCCAGAGUUUCAAUUAUGCUAUUCUCCAUUUCUCUGUACAGAUUUUAGGCCUUGUGGCUAAAGGCUCCUUCGGAACGGUUCUCAAGGUGAUAGACUGUGGCCAGAAAGCAGUAUUUGCAGUGAAGGUGUUGCCCAAGGUAAAGGUCCUACAGAGGGACAUCCUGAGGCAGUGCAAAGAGGAGGUUAGCAUCCAGGUAUGCACAGAGCCCAGGAAUGGAUCCUAGGAAGAACUAAACCACAGGUGGCAACUGUCCUGCUCUUCCUGGUUCUGGCCCCCCCCCCCCCCCCCCCCUCUGCUUCAACCAAAGUAGAUCCUGGAAAAGUAGUUAUCAGCAGUUAAUUCUAGGUCCUUCCAUGGAAAUCUCUCCAGCAUGUCCUGGUGUGUUCCUCAGUAUCAUGCUGGUUUUGAGAUUACCAGGCAGGCAGUCCCUACUUAGUUCACCUGAACUGAGAGGUGGGGCAGCAGCUCCUUUUCUGCAUAACUAGGUAAAUCCUGACUUCUUGGCUCCCUUGAUCCUCAAUGACCUCUUUCCUAACUUUGUUUUCUUCAUUCCUAGCGACAGAUCAACCAUCCUUUUGUACACGGUUUGGGGGACAGCUGGCAGGGAAAACGGCACCUCUUCAUUAGUGAGUGACUGGCCUCUCAUUUCCAAGAAUCCUUCUAUUGUACUCCCCACCUGAGAUUAUCCAUCCCUUUGGCUUGUUUUCCCUUUGCUCUUUCCCUUCUCAGAGCA